AGGAGUGAACUCGUCUUCAGUUACCAAAACUUAAAAAUGGAUGAACUGCAAGAUGUCCAGCUGACCGAAAUAAAACCCCUCCUGACAGACAAGACUGCUGGCCGUAGCUUUGAGGACUUUGAUGGACAGGUUAUAGUCGUGCACUUUGUUUUCCGUAGGAACAUGAUAUAGAGACGGCUUUCGGUGUGUUACAUGUCACCAUGAGGGGCACCCCUAAAGGGAACAGACCGGUGAUCCUCACAUACCAUGACAUUGGCCUGAACCAUAAGUCCUGCUUCAACACCUUCUUUAACUAUGAAGACAUGCAUGAGAUCACCCAGCACUUCGCCAUCUGCCACGUGGAUGCGCCCGGGCAGCAGAUGGGAGCGCCAGCAUUCCCAUCCGGGUAUCAGUACCCUACAAUGGAUGAGCUAGCGGAGAUGUUACCUGCCGUCCUGACCCACCUGAGCCUGAAAUCUGUAAUCGGAAUUGGAGUUGGAGCCGGUGCCUACAUCUUGUCAAAGUUUGCUCUGGAUCACCCCGAGUUGGUGGAGGGCCUUGUUCUACUAAAUGUUGACCCUUGUGCAAAAGGAUGGAUAGACUGGGCAGCCUCCAAGCUCUCCGGCUGGACAACGAACAUCGUGGACACCGUGCUGGCUCACCUCUUCGGUUAUGAUGAACUGCAGUCAAACCUGGACCUGGUUCAGACCUACAGAUUACACAUCGCCCAGGACAUAAAUCAAGAUAACCUGCAGCUUUUUGUGAACUCGUAUAACAGCCGCAAAGAUCUGGAGAUAGAAAGACCACUGCUUGCUUCUCAUAAUUCUGAAGGCACGCUCAGGUGCCCUGUCUUGUUGGUGGUUGGAGAUAACUCUCCUGCAGUCGAUGCUGUGGUAGAAUGCAACUCCAGAUUAGAUCCAACAAGAACAACACUACUAAAGAUGGCGGACUGCGGAGGAUUACCACAGGCCGUGCAGCCCGGAAAGCUGGCCGAGGCCCUGAAAUAUUUCGUCCAAGGAAUGGGAUACAUUCCAUACGUUACGCUCAGUCAUUUGAGCAGUGAAACAGUGCCGACAUCAACUAUGACCAGGCUGGCGCGCGCCCGCACCCACUCCGCCUCCAGCAGCGGCUCCACAGAGGUGCCCCGAAGCCGCUCUCUAACCAGCAACGCCACGCUAGAAGCCACGCCAGGCACCGCACUGACAAACGACGUCCACGAGGAGGCUCCUCAGACCCUGGAGUUGUCUUGUUAGACGACGUCGCCCCCCAGUACUAUGGACCCAUGCGGACCCCCAGCGGCUCUGGAAUUAACCUUCUUCCCAUUCGACAUGUAACUUGUGCAUGAAGGAUUCUUGAUCACG